UAGCCAUCAAAAAUUUCUUCUUUCUCUAGUCAUUAUACUUUAUGCUCAACUCUAUCCCAUUCUUCUUCUUCUUCAGAUUGCUCGUUCAAAUCUCUGUUUUAAAAAAAUUCCAAUUCUUUAAUGGCCAAUGGUGUCAUUAAUUUCCAUUGGUUUCUUUUUUUGCUCAUUGUUUGUUAUUUCUCUUUACUAUGUUCUGCAUCCAAUAAAAUUAGACAAGGAGAGAUUCUAAAAGAUGGUGAUAUCAUAAUUUCUCCAAAAGGGAAAUUUAACUUAGGAUUCUUUAGUCCAAAUGGUUCUAAACAAAGGUUUCUUGGUAUAUGGUACGCUGAUGUUCAAGUUUUAUCAGUUGUUUGGGUUGCAAACAGAGAUAAACCAGUUUCUGAUCAAAAUGGUAUGUUUACAAUUGAGAAAAAUGGGAAUUUGGUCGUUAAAGAUGGUCGUGGCGACUUACUAUGGUCGACGAAUGUUUCUGUUAUUGAGACUACAAAUUCUACAGUGUCCCUUUUGGAUACUGGCAAUCUUGUUAUUUUGAACGAUAAUAAUAAGGCCUUGUGGCAGAGUUUUCAGCAUCCUACAGAUACAUUUUUACCAGAAAUGAGAGUUUAUAUGGAUGGAGUUUUGAGGUCGUGGACAAGUGAAAAUGACCCUUCACCCGGAAGGUACUCCUUGGGUGUUGAUCCUCGAGGAUCACCACAGAUCGUGAUAUGGGAUGGAUCAAAUAGACGUUGGCGAAGUGGAUAUUGGGAUGGACUCAUAUUCACAGGUGUACCAGAUAUGAAGGCUGUGUAUUUUAAUGGUUUCAAGCUUUACAAUGAUGGGAAUAGGCUAUACUUCACUUACACUGCAGCAAACACUUCUAAUUUGGUGAGGUUUCAUAUUAGUCCUAGUGGAUAUGAGCAGCAGCAAAAGUGGGAUAUAGAUAAGAGACAAUGGAGCAUGAUACAAUCUCAUCCAUUGGGCGAUUGCGACAUAUAUAACUCAUGUGGGAAUUUCGCAAAAUGUGAUAUCUCAAAUUCACUAAAAUGUACUUGUCUAUAUGGAUUUGUUCCAAAAGAUUGGGAGCAGUGGAAUGUGAGGAACUGGUCAGGAGGGUGCGUUAGGAGGACGCGAUUGGAAUGUGGGAGAAAUAGCAGUGUCUUGAGGAGUGAUAGUGGAAAUGGGGAUGGAUUCCUUGAGAUCAAGGGAAUCAAGUUGCCAGAUUUCGCGGAUACAGCAGCUGCAGAAAACAUCGACGAGUGUAAAAGCAAGUGCCUGGAAAAUUGUUCAUGUACUGCUUAUGCUUUUGUUACUGGAAUUUACUGCAUGAUUUGGAGUGGAGAUUUAGUUGAUCUACAGCAGUUCAACGAAGGCGGGAACACUCUAUAUGUUCGCCUCGCUCAUUCUGAAUUUGGUAAAAAGAGCAGGACAAUCAAAAUUGUGCUAAUAUCCAUUCUGGUAGCUGUAGCUUUUGUUAUUUGUAUGGCGAUUUGUCUACUAUGCAAGUACAAAGCCAAAAGACGAGGGUCUAUCAGGAUCAAUGAAAUGCCCAUACGUGAUCCAAUUAGGAGCGGAGAACUCCCAAUGGACUUAUCAGGACCGGGAGACCUAAGUGUUGAAGGGCAUCAAGGAAGUGGUUCAGAACUAAAAUUCUUCAGUUUCAGCAGUAUAGCAGCAGCUACGCGCAACUUUUCUAAUGAAAACAAGCUCGGACAAGGGGGAUUUGGCCCCGUCUACAAGGGAAAGCUACAAAGUGGCGAAGAAAUUGCAGUGAAGAGGCUUUCAAGAAAGUCAGGACAAGGUGUAGAGGAGUUCAAGAAUGAGAUAAUGCUAAUUGCCAAAUUACAACAUAGAAAUCUUGUUAGACUUUUGGGCUGCUGUAUUGAGGGAGAAGAAAAGAUUCUACUAUAUGAGUACAUGCCUAACAGAAGUUUAGAUUCAUUUCUAUUUGAUCCUGCUAAGCAAGCCCAAUUAAAUUGGAGGACGCGCUUCAACAUAAUUGAAGGGAUUGCACGGGGACUACUAUAUCUCCAUAGAGAUUCGCGACUCAGAAUAAUCCAUAGGGAUUUAAAGGCUAGUAACAUUUUGCUGGAUGAAGAGAUGAACCCGAAAAUUUCAGAUUUUGGUAUGGCUAGGAUAUUUGUAGGAAAUGAGAAUGAAGCAAAUACAAACAGGGUAGUCGGCACAUACGGAUAUAUGGCUCCCGAGUAUGCAAUGGAAGGGUUGUUCUCUGGAAAAUCAGAUGUUUACAGCUUUGGCGUACUAUUGCUAGAGAUCAUCUGUGGCUGGAGGAACACAAGCUUUCGUUCUGAUCAGCACUCGAGCAUUAUUGGUUAUGCAUGGGAAAAGUGGGACGAAGGUAGACUGAUGGAUCUAGUGGAUCGUUCUAUUUGGGACGAGUGUCAAUAUGAAGAAGUAUUGAGAUGCAUACACUUAGCGCUACUUUGUGUGCAAGACAUGGCAGUUAACAGACCGGAUAUGUCUUCUGUUGUUUUAAUGUUAGAGACAGACAAUAUAAGGUUGCCCUUGCCUAGGCAACCUACUUAUACUUCAAUGAGAAAAUAUGAAGAUGCAGAUAUAUGGAAUGAGAAACAGGAUUUUUCCUCAAACGAUGUCACGAUUAGUGUUAUAGUCGGUAGAUGACAUCUGCUAUUUUGCAGAAAUAUGGGAUCAAAUUAUAUACUUAUUGUAACAUUCUUUCCAGAAGUUGAGUUUGACUAUUACAAAUGAGUCAUUACAUUUA